GUCUCAAGUUGUCGUGGAUGGAACAGCCGCCGGCCGACGCUCCCGAUGGUACUCCACGACAACUGCAGGCGGCAUUCCCACCGCUGCAGUUCGCUGGCACAGACGAAGAGGCAGACACAGACAUUGACAUCUCUGUGGACGAUAUACGGCUGCCAAGCGUUAAGGAUGCAAUUCAACAAUCCAUUGACGCCGCGAUGGCACAAUGGGAGGAGCUGUAUCCAUUGAGCACUAUGGACUUCCUUCGCGUCACGCAGCAACGCGCGGCCACGCAAGAGUUUGCACGACUUGCUUUGAAGAACGAGCCCACCACGAAUGCCAAGGAGAAGUUGGUGCAAAGCAUCUUUCGAAACCUGGCUACUGAGGACGAAUGUUUGGCUGCGCGACGGCCUUGCCCGUUGACCCAACAAUUUCUCGACGCGCAUCCAUCCACACGCAAAGGGCAACCCAUUGAACACCCUCCGAUUCCAGGGUGGAUGUUUGCUUCGAAAUCGGCCACUUCGACGCAGGAAGCGCCGGUGACGCUGCUAGAGUCGCUGUACCUCGUCGAAGUGAUGCACCCGUCGCAGUCGUCCAAGAAGAGUCAAUUCAAUCUGGUGCUCGGGUCGUCUCCAUUGACUCAGCUUGCCGAUGCCAUCUAUUGCCGCAACCACGAGUACCUGAAGGAAUUUGGCCUUCACUCAAAGAUGAUGUACAUUGCCAACAAGUUCAUCGUCGACAAGCGGGAUGCAACCAAUGUCGACUACUCGAUGGAGGUCCGAUGGUGGCUGCAAAAGUUUCCGGCCCUUCGUCCAGACUACCCAGGAUAUGAUGUGGCGUCCGUCUCGAUGGCGCACACGUCGCUGAGUGCGCUGCCCGUCCAACUCGACACGCCGUACCUGUUUGUGCACGUCGGGGCAUGCGAACAUGUGCUUUACAUUCGAAACAUCCGCUUGAUGCACAACAUGGACACCCAAAGCAAAGACGAGUACCCCAUGCGGCUCACCAAGCGCCACCAUCACCAAAAGUGUCUGGUCUGCCAAGUCCACGUCGCCAAGCUCAUCACGUUUGGCGAUCCCAUGGCUGUCGACGACCCCAUGUACUACUGCGAUAGCUGCUACUACGUCGCCCACUACGACGCAAACGGGAACUUGAUGCCGGACCUGGCGGACUACCAAGUUUUCCCGCAUUACCCGGACGAUUGAUACAUCAUCUCGUACCCCAUGCUGGGUCCUCCAUCUGUGCAACACUUGCUGCAGCACAAAACCGCCCAAAGAAUUGACCAUUGGUACAAGCAGAUCAAGGGCGACCAGCACUGCUGGUCUGAGGCGCAAGCUGAGCAAACGUGCCCGGCCGUGCAUGGCGACGCAGAGAGCUUGGCUUUGUAAACGGUCU